UGGCAAAAGACAAUAUAAAUAAUAAAUAGUAUUUGAGGGGUAGAUAGAACAUACCUAAACGACGCCGCCUUUGGGUUAAUUUACGAGUAAAGGUGUCAACUUCAAGUUCUCGGGACUGAGCGCCUGAGCGGGGAGCGGGAUCUGAUCUUGUUUUGUUAUGUUGUGGGCGGCCAUUGUUGAAGCUCUCAAUUCGGGAUUUGGCUAAACUGGAAUGACCAGAAAGGGUCAUCGUGUAAUUCAACACUCAGAUUAGUUUCAUAGCAGCAAGCAAUGGUGGUGGAGAGCUACGUGGUGGUUCAUAACAUAGCCAAGAGGCACAACGUCGGAACGCUUGCCCGCAGCGCCACCGCUUUUGGGGUCUCCGAGCUUAUUCUUGUCGGCCGUCGCGACUUCAACUCAUUUGGUAGCCAUGGCUCCACUUCCCACGUUCGAUUCCGUCAUUUUCACUCCCUCAUCGACGCAUGCCGCUUCCUCAAGGAAAAGGAUUGUGAUAUAUGCGGCGUGGAGAUCACUGAUGGAGCUAUGGCUGUAAAUCAACACCCUUUCAAGAAGAGCACUGCCUUUCUUCUGGGCAACGAGGGAACAGGACUCUCUGCCAAAGAAUGUGAGAUAUGCGACUUCUUUGUGUAUAUUCCUCAAUACGGAGGGGGGACUGCUUCACUCAAUGUUACUGUUGCUGCUUCUAUUGUUUUACAUCAAUUUGGAGUUUGGGCAGGUUUCCCUGAGAGAACCCGUGAUGGGAACAAAUUUAUUGUGGCUGAUAAACCUGAAAAACAAGGUAAACGAAAUUAUUGUGCUGAAACAACAGAUGCUAUCAUUGAAGAGCGAAGAUCAAGAAAGCAGAACGCUUCUAAUGGUUUCUUUGAAGAGAGCGAAAACAGCAAUUCAUCUUCUAAUCUUCUUGAUGCGUUGUUUGAUGAUGUAAAGAUAUAAGUAUUUUGACAUCAUAAAGUAUAGAUCAGAAUGCUCUAUAACUGGGAAAAUUUAGUUCCCAAUAAUUUUGGUUGUCAGCACAAAGAGCAGCUUGUUUUAGGUUUAUACAAACAUGUUAGUAUUUGUGCAAGUUAACUUAUUGAUCAAAGAGAAAUGUUUUGCUUUGCUUUGC